AUGGCAUCCGAAAAGGAACACCUCUCUCUUGUGGUGACCGGACACGUCGAUGCUGGAAAGAGUACAACAACGGGACAUCUCAUCUUCAAGCAGGGUGGCAUCUCGGAACGCGAGAUGCAAAAGCUCCAGGCCGCUGCCGAAGAGAAUGGAAAGUCUUCCUUCGGAUUCGCCUACUUCCUUGAUACCAACAAGGAAGAACGUGAGCGUGGUGUCACCAUCCAGUCCAAUACAAAGGACUUUUACACUGACAAAUACCACUAUACCAUCGUCGAUGCUCCCGGUCACAAGGAUUACAUCAAGAAUAUGAUUACGGGAUCCGCGACUGCCGAUGUUGGUCUAUUGCUCGUCCCCGCCGAAAAAGGAGGUUUCGAGUCCGCCAUUGCUAAGGCCGAUCCCAAAAUGGGGGUCGAAGAAGGGCAAACUCGUCAACAUGCCCGCCUCUUGUAUUUGCUCGGCGUGGAGCAAAUCAUUGUGGGUGUCAACAAGAUGGACUCUUGCAACUGGUCUGAGGAUCGCUUCAACGAAAUCAAGGAAGAAUUCAGCAAGAUGCUCCAAUUGAUUGGAUACAAGCCCAAGAAGGUUCCAUUCAUUCCAUACUCUGGUUUCCACGGAGACAACCUUGUCGAAAGAUCUGACAAGGCUCCUUGGUACAAGGGCUGGUCCGCCAACUUGGGCCCCAAGCAAAAGGUGACUGGCUUUACCAUUGUGGAUGCAUUGAAUGAUUUCUUCCGUCCACCCCAGCGCUUCCCUCAAGCUCCAUUGCGAGUCCCCAUUUCCAACAUCUACAACAUCAAGGGAGUUGGCCAAAUCAUUGCUGGCACCAUUGAGCAAGGAACCAUCCGUCCCGGUGAUAUCGUCGGAAUUGCUCCAUCUGGACUUACUGGAAAGAAAGUCUUUUCGAUUGAACAACACAGGAAGGUCUUGGAUUCUGCUGGACCUGGAAACUCAGUGGGAAUAUCCAUCAAGGGUAUUGCCAAGGAUGAAAAGGUCAAUGCCGGAGACAUCAUUUAUCUCGAGAAGGAAGGAUCCUUGGCUCCCGUCAAGAGUUUCACCGCCAUGGUGGCAGUCCAAGAGCAUCCAGGUGUCUUGAAGCCAGGAUACACUCCUAUCAUUUUUUCUCGUACUGCCAAGGUUGCUUGCAAAAUCACCAAGAUUCUAUGGAAGCAAUCCAAGAAGACUGGUGGUGCCAAAGUGGAGAAUCCUACAGAGUUGUCUCAAUUUGAGAACGCUGAGGUCGAAUUCGAGCCUACCGCACCCUUGUUCUUGGAGCCAUUCGAACAGUGCGCCGCAUUGGGACGCAUUGCUGUGAUGGAUUCCAACCGCUUGAAGAUGCUUGGAAAGGUUACUGGUGUCACAAGCAAGGAGAUAUAA